AUGGCGUCUUGUGCGAUCAGCAAAAGGAGGUCCCUUAGAUUGUUGUCGAGGAAAUUCCUCAAGCUUUUAUCUUGCUAUUUCACAGCAUGCGAUAUAGGUGAAUCUAGAUCUGGAUCUCACAAUCUGAUCACAAACAACCGAGUUGCCCUUCCCCGCAGAGCGAUCACAGCGACGAAGCAAAGAGUCAGAUUCUUUUACCUUGAUCACAUCUCACAAUCAACCGAGUUGCCCUUCCCUGCAGAUCGAUCACAGCGCGGCAAUCAAGUUGUUUCAUUGUCUAAUAACCCUCCGCCAUCAAUUUUCUUAACUUUCCCUCCAGGAAACUCGAUCUGUGACCGUCAAGUCGAUCUGUGA